AUGCAUAGAUUUGGAUGGAGACACCUUCUUGGAGUGUCUACCCUACCAUACCUUUUGGCACUAGUAUAUUAUGGCCUUGUGAAACAACCUCCAAGACACCAGUUUCAUACACAAGGGAGAUUUAGCAUACUUGUCACCAAUACGGUAAAGGUGACUGCUAUGUCUAUUGAGGGUCAGGUGUCGGGAUGUGUUCAGUUCCAUUUUGGAUACUCUCUUCCUCAGUCAAUCAGAACAACGAUAUGCUUUGAGGAAAGUGGUACAUGUGGCAUGCCAAGUAUACAUAUGAAUAUGUUCAUCACUAGCUUCGCAGAGCUUCCUGGGCUUGCUUUAGCUUCUUUGAUACUGGUGAAGGUUGGGCGGAGGAUUUCCAUGGAAAUCAUGAUCAUAGCUGGAUUAAUUCUCUUACUGCCCCUGGUUGUUCAUCAGAACACAAUAACAACCACAGCCUAUCUCUUUGGAGCACGUGUCUUUAUCUCAGCCACUUUCAUCGUUUCCCAAAUUUGUGCCCCAGAGGGCUAUUUGCUAUGUGUGUGUCUUUCCAAUUUUAGGGCAACAGGAGUUGGAGUAGCGAUGACACUUGGCAAAAUUGUGGGCAUUGUUUGCCCUCUGAUAGCAGCUGGGAUUGGCAGCGGUUGCCACCAAACACUUCCUCUGAUCAUGUUUGUGGUAACCACACUUCUUUUGGGCCUAAGUGUUGUGUUGCUUCCGUUUGAGACUAGAGGAAGGUUGUUACAAGACAAUAUAGAUUCGCCUCUUAAGCACAAACUGCUACCAUAUUGA